ACACUCUGCGGCAUUGGUAUGAGGAGCUCCGACAAGACGAGUGGUAUUUGAAAGAUUGGAAUUUCCAGUCCGAAUGCGAGGGCCUGGGAAUCGAACCUCCGUACAAAUGUCCUCCGCAGUUUUCCGAUGACUGGCUGAAUCCGUAUUGGCAUUCUAUCGAGCCCAAGGGAGGCAAGGAUUAUCGCUUCAUGUAUUGGGGCUCUGAAGGGAGCACUACACCUAACCAUUUCGAUGUUAUGAUGAGCCAUAGCUGGUCUUAUAAUGUGAGAGGCAGGAAGGCGUGGAAAUUUGGGGCGCGCGAGAAUUGUAAGGAGCUGAGCAUUGAGUUCGAGCAGGGCCCUGGCGAGGUAGUGUUUGUGCCGAGUGGGUGGACUCACAGUGUUGUGAAUUUGGAGGAGGACACCAUAUCGAUCAACCAUAAUUGGUUUUGUGGACCGAAUAUUCGGCGAGUGUAUGCGGCCUUUGAGGCGGACGUGGCGGAGGUGAUAAGGAAUCUGCAUGGAUUCGGUGUCACACGGGAGCCUGACACUCAGUGGUAUGAUGAGCAUGUGCAGCUUAUUCUGAAGGGUAAUGACAGUAUGGAUAUCACUAUGUUGGUUGACUGCAUAUUAAUGGGCGUUGAGAAAAUGCAAGAAGCUUGUGAGAGUUCUUGGAUGAAAUACUCUUUGGACCAGGCGAACAUGGUACUGUUGGACAUUCUGUCUAAGUAUAGAUCGAUCUUGACCGACACCACCAUCGACAUUAUCAGCAACUUGGGAGAUUUUGAAAGCGUU